AUGGCGGUGGACACCGAGCUGACGACCACCGCGGUAGCUGUCGAAGGUCUCAACAACAUCAUCACGGGAGGGCCUUCCCCGGAUCAGCCGAAUGAACGUUACAAGGCGAUCAGUCUUUCUCAUCUAGAAAAGGUUGCCGAAAAGCAUCCACAGCUCAAACCACACUUGCGGGACAUUCAGCUGUCUGGCCUCGUCUUUCCUUUCAAGGCUUCUCCCUACUACGUUGACGAAUUGAUUGACUGGGAGUGCGAAGAUGUCAGGGAGGACCCGUUUUACAAGCUUGUCUUUCCGACCAUGGAUAUGCUUAUCGAAGAACACCGUGAGAAGCUCGAAAAGGCGCACAAAGCAGGGGACCCGGUAAAGCUGAUCAAGACUGUAGCUGAGAUUCGCGAAGAUCUUAACCCCCACCCGGCUGGUCAAAAGGAGCUCAACGCUCCCAAAGAAGAUAAGCUUACAGGUGUCCAGCACAAGUACAGUGAGACAGUUUUGGUCUUUCCUGCCGCCGCUCAAACAUGCCACGCUUACUGCACUUACUGCUUCCGAUGGGCGCAAUUCAUUGGAGACGACGAACUCCGAUUUGCUCAAAAGGAGGCUACCUCGCUUUUUGAAUAUCUUGCCGAACACGAGGAAGUCUCGGAUAUACUCAUGACAGGAGGAGAUCCUAUGAUCAUGAAGACCAAGUCGUUGGCGCAAUACUUGGAGCCUUUGACCGACCCCAACUUUCUGCCACACAUCAAGAACCUUCGGAUCGGAACCCGAAGUCUUUCCUUCUGGCCCCAACGAUUCACCACGGAUGACGAUGCCGACGAGUGCAUUGAACUCUUUCGACGGGUACGUGAGCAAGGCAACCGUCACAUUGCAAUUAUGGCUCAUUUAGGACACGACCGUGAACUCUCUACGGACAAAUUCCAGGAUGCCGUCAAUCGCAUUCAGAAGGAGGCCUACGCCACCAUUCGUUCACAGAGUCCCAUUAUGCGCGGAGUUAACGACGAUGCCGAAGUAUGGGCCAGAAAGUGGCGCAAAGAGGUGCAAAUGGGAAUCAUUCCCUACUACAUGUUCAUGGCACGUGAUACCGGUGCGCAGCAGUACUUUGAUGUACCUCUGGUUCGUGCCCACAAACUUUACAGCGACGCCAUUCGCAAUUGUUCUGGUUUGAUUCGUACGGCCCGUGGGCCCUCUAUGAGCUGCACUCCCGGAAAGGUGGAAGUCACCGGCGUUGAAGAAAUUAUGGGACAAAAGGCCUUUGUUCUCCGGUUCUUACAGUGCCGUGACGAGGCUUGGAUUGGGCGUCCCUUCUUUGCCAAGUACGACGAGAAAGCCGUCUGGUUUGACGACUUGGAGCCCCUUCCAGGGAUGGAAUUGCCCUGGAACGAGAAGGGCCUCCCUCGUCCUAUCUGGCCCAGUUUGAAUUAA